GAGGGGUAAAGGGAAACUGCUAAACGCUUAUUUAAACACCCCUCAACUUCUUCUAUACUUCUAUCUCCCACAGCAAUUAUUCGAUGUCAACAUGAGCGCUGGAAUUGAGGCCAUUAAGCAGCAUGAAAUCAAGGAUGAAGAUCGAGAGCGCAAGGCCUGUCUUGGCCUUGACCCCGCAGGAUUUUAUAUCCGACAUCCGCCUCCCCCGCACGAGCUCACAUCAUUCAUCACCCCAGAUUCUCAGCUCUUUCACACAAUCCACAUGGGAGGUGCUAUAGUCGAUCUCGACAGCUACAAAAUCGUCGUUGAUGGUCUAGUUAAGAAUCCUCUACAAUUCUCUUUGUUGGAAUUGAAGCAGUUCCCAAGCAAAACCAUCACAGCGUUCCAUGAAUGCUAUGGAAGUCCACUGAACCCACCCACUACGAACGUAUGGCGAAUUGGAAAUGUCAAAUGGACUGGCGUCCCUCUUAAAUGUAUCCUCGAACUAGCACAGCCGUUUCCGGAAGCGAAAUUUGUUUGGUCUGAUGGACUUGACUAUGGUUCAUUCGGGGGCGUUACAACAGAUCGAUACCAGAAAGAUCUUCCGAUUGAAAAAGCUAUGUCUGAUGAGGUUUUGUUAGCUUAUGAAAUGAACGGAAGCCCUCUGAGCAGAAAAAGAGGUGGACCUGUAAGGUUGAUUGCCCCAGGAUGGUUCGGGACAAAUAUGACGAAGUGGAUUUGCAGAAUAUCUUUGCAAGCUGAACGGGCAGGAGGGCCUUUCACCACAAAGUUUUACAACGAAGUUCAUUCCAGUGGAAAUCGAGAGGAAAUUAGACCAGUUUGGGAUGUUGAACCGAAUUCGAUGAUAGUGAAUCCAGCAGAUGGAGCAAAACUCCAAACAAACGAAGUGGAGGUUUGGGGCUGGGCGUGGAGUGCGGAUGGAAUCGUGGAGGUCGAAGUUAGUCUUGACGAGGGAACUACGUUCUCGAAUGCAGAAAUCGAGGCUCGUAAAGAGUUUAGCUGGCAGAGAUUCCAGUACUCCGCAACUUUCCCCUCGGGGUCUCAUUCUUUGAUGGCACGUGCCACAUCGACAUCAGGUGCCCAGCAACCUGUAUCCGGGCGACGAAACCAUGUACACAUCGCACAUUUCACCGUCGAACAGUGAGUUCAUAAUGACAACGAGAGGCAAUGGAAACUUUUUCGCUAAGAAAAGGGGAAGGGGAAGUGUCAGGGGUCGACGAGCCGAGCCGGUAAAAUGGAGCCAUGCCGAGUCGAAUUGAGGCUAUUCGGAAAUUUUUAUGCUUCCAAAAGCCCUUAUCUGAUACCA